UGAUCCACCCUUGUAUGCAUAUGGUCUUAUCUGAUCAUUCUCUCCCGCAAUUACAGAAAUACCCAUUCUAAAUAAAAAUCCCAUAUACGACACCAGACGACUCGCUAUUUUCCCCUCAAAGACUCAAAUUGGCUUGCUCUACGGUGAUGCGUCUUCUUGCAGUGUUCGCGGCCCUGCUCGCAGUGGUCGCCGCCAGCGCUCGUAGGAUGAUCAAGCAUGAUAUUAGUGAACGCCAAAUCGAAGCAACAAAACGUUGGCAGACUAGUGGCCCUCAAACCGUGAAGCGCAAUGGUGUUCAGAAUAUCACAUUCACGAACCCCAAGGCCUCAGAAUUUUACGUCGAUGGCAGCUCACUCCCUCUUGUUGACUUCAACGUUGGUCCUAGCUGGGCAGGUCUUCUACCCAUCAGCAAUAGCCCUAACGAGACGCGUCAGCUCUUUUUCUGGUUUUUCCCUCCCGGUCCCGAAGGAAGUCUCGAUGAUCUGAUUUUUUGGACAAAUGGUGGCCCAGGCUGCUCUUCCCUUGAAGGUUUGUUGCAAGAGAAUGGACCUUUCAGUUGGUCCUGGGGUCAGGCCAAACCAACGGUGAAUCAACAGAGCUGGACCAACCUCUCUUCCGUCCUUUGGGUGGAGCAACCUGUUGGAACGGGGUUUUCUCAAGGCAUUCCAAACGUACAGAAUGAGGACGAUGUCGCCGCUCAACUCGUCGGCUUUAUGCAGCAGUUCCUUGAGGUCUUUUCGGAACUGAAAGGCAAAAAGCUAUAUUUAACGGGUGAAAGUUAUGCUGGAACAUAUGUGCCUUACAUCGCAAACUAUAUCUACGAGAAUCCCACUCUAUUAGACCUCUCAUUGCAAGGGAUAUGGAUCAGUGACCCUUCACUCUCGUGGGACGUGGUACAAGAGGAAAUUCCUGCAGUGGACUUCGUGAACAAAUACGCUGGUCUCUUCUCCUUUAAUCAGACGUUCAUGAACUACCUCGAGAAGAAGGCCGCGAGGUGCAAUUACACCGGCUACAUGGAUAAGUACGUGACAUACCCUCCAACAGGCCUUCUUCCCCUACCAGGAGACUCUGUUGAGUUUGCCAAAGGCUGCGAUGUCUGGGAUGACAUUUUCAAUGGCGCGCUGAUCAUCAAUCCCGCCUUCAAUGUCUAUCGCAUCUGGGACACGUAUCCGAUUCUAUGGGAUGUCCUAGGCUUCCCAGGUUCUUUCCCACAGAAGCAGUCUCCGAUCUACUUUAACAGGAAGGAUGUGAAGAUAGCCAUCCACGCGCCUGUUAACACCAAGUGGACGGAGUGCUCUAAUAUCAAUGUCUUCCCAAAUGGAGACAACAGCUUGCCCCCUGCCUUCACCGUGUUACCCAAUGUUAUCGAGAAGAAUCAGCGGACCGUCAUCGUGCACGGUCUUGCAGACUUCAUUCUCAUUGCAGAAGGAACAAGAAUCGUCCUUCAAAAUAUGACCUGGAAUGGGUUGCAGGGAUUCCAGACGCCUAUCGCCAAUGACAGCUUCAUUGUCGAUGGUGUGGGUGCCUAUGGGACGAUGCACUCAGAGCGGGGACUCACUUAUUACGAAGUAGCCUUAAGUGGACAUAUGGUUCCGCAGUUUGCGCCAGCAGCUGCCUUCCAGAUUAUGCAGUACCUGAUGGGCUUUAGGGACACGCCUUAGAUAUAUCGAUAAACACUUUCUUCCCUUACAUACCAUAACAUUUCGCAAACAGAAGAAUAUUUGAAUUAGCGGUUAUAUGACAAUUGAACAGAUUACUGAU